CUAUUUGCUCUUAAAAACCCUACCAAGCCCGAACUCUAUUUCUUUGCGCUUCUUAUCAAAACCCUAACUCUACGUCUCCGUCCGACCGCUGUCUCUUGCUCCACAUUGACUCCAGAGCCCUGCAACCCCUGCGAAUCCUGCGACCCUCAUCGCCAUGGCUCCCAAGAAGGAUAAGGCUCCUCCACCAUCCUCAAAGCCUGCCAAGUCUGGCGGAGGCAAGCAGAAGAAGAAGAAGUGGAGCAAGGGAAAGCAAAAGGAGAAGGUGAACAACAUGGUUUUGUUUGAUCAGGGGACUUACGACAAGCUGCUUUCCGAAGUUCCGAAGUACAAGCUCAUUACUCCUUCCAUCUUGUCUGACAGACUAAGGAUUAAUGGAUCAUUGGCUCGCCGUGCAAUUAAGGAUUUGAUGGCAAGGGGUUCCAUUAGGCUGAUAGCUGCUCAUGCUAGCCAGCAGAUAUACACCAGAGCCACCAAUACUUAAACGGGAAAGAUGUUAGUUUUCGGUCAUGGAGGCACAAGUAUUCACCUUUUUUGUGAUGUUAGGGAAAACUAUUGUCUUUUUCAUUUUGUAUGGUGACUAUAUCCGUCGUUUUAUUUUUCCAUUAUUUUCGACAGUUUAUUUUAUGCAACUGAUAAUGUAUUGUGCUGUAACUUUGCCCUCUUUUGGUCGUGGAUUUUAUUCGAACAAAGGUUUUGCCCUGUUA